AUGGGUGGUGAUGGCGCUUUCCUUAAGUACAAUGGCAGUGUUAGCGGUGGUGGCUCGAUUCUCUUGCCAUCAGGAAAUGGAGGUGGAUGUAUAAAGAGUGGUCCUUUCAAGAAUCUGCAACUCAACCUCGGUCCUGUCCUCCCUGCUAUAGAAGGAUACGCUGCCGUAACGGACCCAUUCGAGUGGAACCCAAGAUGCGCUCGACGCGAUUUCAUUCCCACUACCGAAGACUACACCUUCACUAACCUCUUUAAUAUGACACUCGACGAGGCUUCUCAAAGCGUAUAUACGUUCCAGAACGAGCUUCAGGGACGUUUUUCCGACGGAUUUCUAGGUACACAUACCGCUGGACACGUGAAAGUUGGUGGUGAUGCCGCCGAUUUCUUCAGCAGCACGAACGACCCUGUGUUCUUCCCGCACCACGCCACGUUAGAUCGUGUGUGGUGGAUGUGGCAGGCGUUGCAUCUCAAUCAGGCAAAGACAGUAGCUGGUACCAUUACUAUCCUCAACAACCCACCAAGUAGGAAUACUACCUUGCAGGACGUCAUCAGCACGAAUUUCCUCAACAUGCCAGACAGGCCGAUCGGAGAUCUGCUAGGUUCGCUGGAUGGAGAGCCAUUCUGUUACAUCUACCUGUGGUACAUUGAGACAUUGUAUAUACGCUACCUCGAAUACAGUACAUAG